AGCGCAACAGCAGAGGACUUGCCGGAGCUGUGGAACAAUAUUUCGGACUAACUUUGAACGAAACCAACUAAAUUAAUGUCUUAUAUGGCUACAUUUCUUAAGAAGUGUGGGUUUUAUUUCGACUUCGACGAUUUUGUUAUCAGACUUUUUUAAAUCUGUUCACGCGAAGUUAUUAGCAGUUGAAAGCAUAGCUCGUGAAUAGCCUAUUCUCGCUAAUAGCCUAGCCGAUAUCUACAUUUAAUAAUGUUAUCGUGUUGUUCAACUAUCAUUCAACGCUGAUUUCAAGGAGAAUGUGUAUAGAUUUAUUGGGAUUUGGUCGUCCAGAAGACGGAGCAGGCAUGGAAUUCCUAUGGCUGCAUGUGUAGUCUGGAAAGUGAAAGUCCCCGCCUCUGGUAGGUUGAUCGGGGGAAAUUCUCCAUACAGUUUUCCCUUUCCCAACUCCACAUAAAACUACUUAACACAGGCAAGAUGUUCAAACUCAUGUGGAAAACUAAGAGCGAAACAAACUGCUAUUUACAAUGUAUACAAUGCAGAGUUGGACGUGUAUUUUUCUUCUUAUUUGCAGUAUGCAGAGCGUGUGUCAUUGCUGUGACUGGAUCCGACACCACUACGGACACUUGAGCGCAGAAUACCUUUCCCUGCUGGACCAGAUGGGAGGAGAUAUCACAAAGCAGAAUGCCCCUGUCUUUUUCCCAACAUCACUUUACAGACACAUAGAUGAUGCUGAGUUUGAGGACAAAGUCAGGUUCCUGAACGAGACCAUCUAUGAAAUCACAAAACUGUUUGAUGGGAAUAUGAAUGCUGUCACCUGGGACAAGAAAAACCUGGAUGAUUUCCUCAACAUUCUUGAACGCCAAUUUGAGAACCUUAAUUCCUGUGUAUCACCUGCCAUGAAACCUGAGAGGAGACUGAAACGGUACUUCAAGAAGUUGAAUAGGAAGGUUCUGAGAAAAAUGAACUACAGUGCACAGGCGUGGGAGCUCAUCAGGAAAGAGACGAAACGUCAUCUGCAAAGAUUGGAUAUCCUUGCAGCACAGAUGUACUGAUCAUCCAGACUCAUCUCAGAAGCUACGCCCUUACCAGUUUAUAAAGCAUGAAUACAAUCAUGUGGGACCCUGUUAGUCUAUUUAUUAUAUUUAAAUCCAUAAAUUAUUGUUUUUUAUUUGUAUAAAUUAUUAUUUAUAUUUUGUAUUUCCCUUUUGUACCUGUGUUGAACUGAACUGUAUUGCCUGUCUACUUGAAAAAAAUAAUAUUGAAAUUGUGAAUAAAAACGUAUUUUGUAUAAAUUGUCCAAAUUUCCUUCUUGUCUAAAACCAA